CUGGACAUAUUCAGAUUUCAGACACGACGCAAACUAAAAUCCUUCAUCAAAUCUUCCUCUGUAGACAUGUCUUGUUCCCACCGUUGAUCAUUUGCACCAUAGUCCCAACUCCCAACCGGCCCUGCUUUCAUCAAACCCCUAACUGUUGGUGUUUUCGUGUCAGCAGCGCACAGAAAGAGAAAUGAAAUAUCAGUGAAAAGUGUGAAAACCAAAGCAAAGAUCGAAUUUUGUUGGGUUCGUAGCGAUGACGAGCAGUUGGAGAAGAACAUUGGGAAAUUUGAGGUCCUUCAUUGGCAAUACCAUGGGAGGCCUUAGAGGAGGAACCAACUUGGCUUCUUGGGCUGUAGCUGGAACCCUCGCUUAUUUUCUUUGGGUCAAGCCCUCUCAAGACCUCAAACGCGAACAACAGGAAAGGGCUGCGCUUGCAGCUUCGGAUCCUAAUCGUUACAUUGAGAAACGAAAACCAAUUCCUGACCCUCAGGAAACUGGUUUGAUAUAUGGCAACAAGAAUAGAGUAACUACUAGUAAAAAGGAAGAAUAAAGAGCAGGACAUGGGAAACUUGUAAGUGGGACCUUUGAUGGGUUGUGGUUAAUUUGGCCAUUAGUUCAAGGUUCAUAAAUUGGGUCUAGUUGAUAUCUCUUACAUUCAUAUAAUGGGCUUAUUUUAUUUGUUUUUGUAUGAUGCAAUAAGAAUUAAGAAAUAUAAUAUCAAGUUUUUGGCGACCCUUUAAUGACA